AUGAUCACGGUCACCUCUGCUGAGAACGCGCGACACCUCCUUCUAUUCCCAAUACGCAUUCUCGUCUCGCGUUUACAAUUCCGCCACCAUUUCUUUUUUCUUCUUUUUCAAUUUUCCUUUAUUUGCCCCCUUUUUUUUUUAUAUUUUACUUAUUUACUGUUCUUAAUUUCUUUUUUGUUUAGAGUUUCAACUCUUUCUCAACCGUUCUUUUCUUUCUUUCUUUUUCCACCGUCAUACGCUCUACGACUCUCUUACCGUCUGUCUCUCUUAUUGUUUAUCUUCCCUCUCCUUCAUUUCCCUUGUACAGCUUUUACUUUUUAUAAACUUUCUCGUACACUUCGUUUACACCAUUCUCUGGGGAAUUCACUCAUUACUACUCACUCAGUCUUUCUUUACAUUGUACCAAACCUAUUUCUUUUCAUAUCUAUGCUAUCUAUCUUAUGUUCAUAUCUCUAUAUGUUCAUAUCUAUCUAUAUGUCCCUAUCUAUCUAUCUAUCUAUCUAUGUUCAUAUCUGUUUAUCUAUCUAUGUUCAUAUCUACCCUUCUUCAUAUCUAUGUCUAUGUUCAUAUCUAUCUGCCUAUGUUCAUAUCUAUCUAUCUCUUUUCAUAUCUAUCUAUCUCCCUAUCUUUAUCUAUCUUUCAUAUCUAUCUACAUAUCUAUCUUCAUAUAUGUCUAUAAGUAAAGUAAAAAUGCCUUAA